AUGGCUGGUAAAUUACCAAAAAUCGCUCCAAAAACGGUGACUAAUCGCACACAAACGCCAAUAAUGGUAUGGUUACGUGAUAAGCUAAAUGCAAUAUAUCGAGAUAGAACCACACCACCGCCCGGCUUACCGACAGCUGAUGGUGAGAGCAAGUUUUAUGAAAUGAAUCGUUUUCCGAACACACAAACAGCGAGAAGCCGUCCUUCUGUAUCAUUACCUGGUGGCGUACAUCACAAAUCAUCCGACAAUUAUUAUUUGGACAGAGAUACUCGUCGCAGUAUCCAACCCCCGAAAUGCAUUUAUUCCGCAGAUUCGCAUGACCAAGUUUCCAAAAGCCUCGACGGUGAAACAAUAUGUACUGAAACAACAAUGAAAGUAGAGACAAGUUUGCGAAAAAAUUUUGGGCUGGAGUUGCCAACUCCAGGUUUCGGAUAUGCAUGGCAUCGGAAUAAAGACGAAGAACUGCAUACGCCAAGGUAUUCGAAAGAUCUAGCAGCACUGGAAAAAUACGACAAAUUCACAUAUAGUGAUUGA